GUCCAUGGCAGGGGGUUUGCGCUUCUCAAGCCAGGAGUAUAACAUCAAAAAUAACCGCUGAGGAAACAUGGAGGAGAGCUUGAAGAAGACAGGGCCGAGGCACGAGAGCAAGCCGAGGAAGGUGAGGUUCAAGCUGGCCUCGUCGUACAGCGGCCGCGUACUGAAACACGUGUAUGAAGACGGCCAGGAACUGGAUAGUCCUGAGGAGAAAUAUCCUCACAGCUUCAUGCACACAAAGAUCCCUCAGCACCUGGACGUGGAGCAGUUGUGCAGCUUCGAGGAGGUCCAGGGUCAGGAUGGGGAUGUUCCCACAGGUCUUAUAGCCCAGCGCAUUAACGUGUACCGAGCAGUGAGCGGCUUCACACCUUUAACAUCUACUGAUCAACAAGGUGAAAAAGCGCCGGUUUUAGACUUCGAAAAGAUCAUCAUCUACACCAGCAACCUGAAGAUCAUCAGAUCUCCUAGUAAAAAAGCAGAGAGCAGUGUAAGACACCGUCACGCCCAAGGAGAAGGACGAGAGGGUUCUCCAGGCCGCGAAUCCAGAUCUAAAGGGAGACACAGGACAAAAAGUGUCCGUAAGGAGGAACGACAUCCUGCUCCUAAGGAAGAGGAGGCAGGCGGCUGUGAGCAGUGCGGAGGUUCGGGUUCAGCCCCGUGUUCUCGUUGCCACGGCAGUAAGCUGUCCAUGUUGGCCAACCGCUUCAACGAGUCCAUCCGAGAGUUGCGCUGCCCCGCCUGCGAUCCGCACGGAUUAGAGCCGUGUCAGUCCUGCGUCCACUAAACAUUUACACACUGCACAGUUCUAACAAAUAACCAGGACAGAUAUGAUGGACGGAGAUCUGGAUUUACGAGACGUGUGGUUCUGACCAGGGAUAAUGUUUAUAACUGUGAUGAGAGUGGAAGAGUGCAUUAGCAGGCUAUAGAAAACCCUGCGGAAAGGACCUGUCAGGGUUUAUUUAAUGCAGUAUCAGAUUAUUAGAAACUUUUUUUGGUCAUAAAAUAAGCAUUCAAAAUAUUCAGUUAAGUCUCAA